AUGUCAUCAUCGACGUUCGCUCAACGAUGGACAUCCGUCAACGAUUUGACAGCAAAUAACAACAAUAACAGACAGGUGAUCUCAUUUUUUCUCCAAGCAUCAUCAUUAACGGAUUCCAAUACAUUUACAUCCCGACCUUCAAAAUCAUUACUCUCACUAGUCGAACCAUUAUCAUCAUCAUUACUUCCUCCACCUCUUCCUCCUCUUCUUCGUCCUCGUCCUACUGGUUCAUCUCAACAAACAAGACCAGUUUCAUCUCGUGUUGCGGAUAUUAUUAAUCGAUUCGAAUCUCAUAGUCAAUCAUCAAUGAAUAAUAACUCAAAUAAAGUAUUUCCUCCAACUCGUAGUAUUGUUACGCAACUAUCUGAAGGAAAUUCUCCACGAAAUCCACCUGUUACUGUUCGUGAAACUUCUUCAAUUUAUAUUCCAUUAAAUUCUAAACAGAAUAAUAAACCACAACCGAUUAUUGUCUAUGAAAGAAUAACUAAUUCUGAUAGAUUAUAUAAAUCUCCAUCAACAUCUCCAUCCAUUGCUUCACAAAGUCCUUUAGUAAAAACCUGUCUUGAAAAUCAGAUAAUAUCUCAACAAAAUGUUGAAAGUGAUACUGAUUCUGCUAUACAUACAAUGCCUGCUGCGAUAGAAAGUAAUACAAACUAUUCAACUACAAUAUCACGUUCAAGUACAACAGAUUCAAGUUGUUCAUCUUUGUCUUCAUCUGAUUGUUCACAAGAUCUACAUUAUUCUCUUCCUCCACUAGCUUCAACACAAAAACAACGUGAUAUUAAUCUUAAUUCAACAUAUUUUAAACAAAUCGAUUCUCUUUCUUCAUCACAUGUAACAAUGCCUACUCGUAUAACACCUUUAACAACUUCUCUAGUUAAUGAAAAUCUUGAAUCAUCACAAUUACAUUCACUUACUACUCGUUUUUGCUCAUCUGAAGUUAACAUACCUGAUCGCUAUCGUCAAUUAUCAUCUUUCGAUGCUAUUCACUCAGAUACAAAUUUAUCGCAAAAUUCAACAAAUAAAAGAUUUAUUGACACAAAUCUACCAUUAAGAUACAAAAGAGAUUCAUUUAUUCGACUUUAUGGACCUGAUGCUCUAUUCGAACAUAGUCAGCGUAAAUCUCCUGAUGUCGUACUUGAAGAUGAUAUUGAUGCACCAUUUGCAUCACGUAAAGUUGUAGUGCAAAAGGAUAAACCUAUAUCAGAUCAAUAUGAACUUCUAGAAUUUCUUGGAAGAGGAAAAUUUGGUGAAGUAAAAAAAUGUCGUGAACGAAACACAAAACAAUUAUUAGCUGCAAAAUUUAUAACAAUAAAUAAAGAACAAGAUCGUACUGAAGCAUUUAAUGAAAUUGAAAUAAUGAAAGCACUUCAACAUCCGAGACUUUUACAACUUUAUGAUGCUUUUGAAACAAAAUCAGAUAUUUGUCUUAUUAUGGAAUUAAUUACUGGUGGAGAACUAUUUGAACGUGUGAUUGAUGAUGAUUUUAUAUUAACAGAACGUCUUUGUGAAUUAUAUGCGAUGCAAAUAUGUGAAGGAGUGAAUUUUAUGCAUACAUGUAAUAUUAUUCAUCUUGAUAUGAAGCCUGAGAAUAUUUUAUGUUUAAAUCGAAAUGGUCAUCGAAUAAAAAUUAUUGAUUUUGGUCUUGCUCGAAAAUAUGAUCCAGAUAAACAACUUAAAGUAUUAUUUGGUACACCGGAAUUUGUUGCACCUGAAGUUAUUAAUUUUGAUCGAAUUGGAUAUGGUACUGAUAUGUGGUCUGUCGGAGUAAUUUGUUAUGUUUUAUUAUCCGGUUUGAGUCCAUUUAUGGGUGAAAAUGAUAAUGAUACAUACGCAAAUAUAAAUCGGGUUAAUUAUGAUUUUGAUGAUGAAGCAUUUACUGAUAUAUCAGAUGAAGCAAAAGAUUUCAUCGCAAAAUUACUUCUCAAAAAUAAAGAUAAACGUCUUCAAGCUAAAGAAUGUCUUGCUCAUCCAUGGUUAACUCGUCGACCAAAAUUAGCCACAACUCCUAAUGAUGAAGAAGGAGCUGAAAAGAAAAUAUCAACAAAAAAAUUACGUAGAUUUGUCAUACGAAGACGUUGGCAGAAAGCGGUCAAUGCUUUAUUAGCAUUGAAACGUAUGGGAAUGACGUUGUGA